UUCUGCGCACCGCGAAGCGUCUUGUAUUUUCCUUGGCAGCCGCCGUCCACGUCACAUUCCUUGCCAGGAGUAAAGAUGGCGGCGCCUAGUGAUCUGACGGACAGCGGGAACCCAGAAGAAAAUAUCUUGUAUGAUCUGCUAAUAAACACCGAGUGGCCUCCCGAGCCCGACACACAGCCUCGAGGCAGCCGUGAGCAUGGAGCAUCAUUUGUCCUCACAAAAGCAAUUACAGGUCCUGCACUUUAUGUGCUACAGUAUGUUUGGUACAGCCCUGCCAAAUUCUCCCUUCCUUCUGGACUUGCUUGCUUGGUUAACAAACAGAUUGGCUGGCAUCUGGUUCUUACAAGCAAUGGGAAGCUUUUGGCAGCUGUUCAGGACCAGUGUGUGGAAAUCAGGUCUGCAAAGGACGACUUUGGCUCGGUGAUUGGAAAAUGUCAAGUUCCCAAAGACCCCAAUCCUCAGUGGAGACGGGUGGAGUGGAGCAACGACUGCACUUUGGUGGCUUAUGCUGAAAGCACCGGCACCGUCAGAUUAUUUGAUCUCAUGGGCAGCGAACUCUUUGUCAUCCCACCGCAAACGAGCUUCCCUGGAGAUCUCAGUUAUGCAAUCGCCGGACUCAUCUUUCUUGAGUACAAAGCAAGCACGCAGUGGUCAGCUGAACUUCUGGUAAUUAAUUACCGUGGCCAAUUAAAAAGUUACCUAGUGAGUGUUGGAGCCAAUCAGAGUUACCAAGAGAGUCACAGCUUUAACUUCGCCUGCCAUUACUCCCAUGGAAUCUCAUCAGUAGUUUACAGUGCAGCACACAGGCUUCUCCUCGUUGGAGGCAUUGGGACAAAUGAAGACGGGGUGUCUAAGGCAACACAAUGCGGAAUAACAGCCUGGAGAGUUCUGUCUGGCUCGCCUCAUUACAAACAGGUCACUAAUUACGAAGAUGAUGUCGGCACUGCGCAGAAGAGAAAAGGAUUAUGGAGAAUUAUGAAUUUCAGAUUAUCUCACAGACAUGGAACAGAACAGGAUGGAAUUUUUAAGAUGAGCCUUUCUCCUGAUGGCAAGCUUUUGUCUGCCAUUCAUUUCUCGGGCAAACUCACCAUCUGGAACAUACCAUCACUGAAGCUGCAAGGAGACUGGGCACAGAAUGAACAGCCUGGCUAUGAUGAGAUCAACCCUGAUUGGAGGACUUCAGUGGAAAAGAGAAAAAAGAUGAAAGAUAAAGAAUCCUAUUAUUCACUGACAGACAUAAAUUGGUGGGCGGAUAAUGCUGUGAUUUUGGCUCGUUGCUCCGGUUCUUUGACAGUGUCUUCUGUGAAAACAUUAAAGAACCUGCUGGGAAAAUCCUGCGAAUGGUUUGAGACUGCUCCACAGGUUACUGCAGCUCACGAUGGAGGUUUCCUCAGCUUGGAGUGUGAGGUAAAGCUGGCACCAAAAAGGAAUCGACUAGAAAACAGAUCUGGCGAAGAUGAGGAUGGGGAUGACGACUCUGAUUGCGAUGAAGAGAAGUCCGCCAAAGCCCGAUACUUUGCAUACAUAAAACAAGGACUUUACUUUGUGACCGAAAUGGAAAGGUUUGCACCUCAGCGUAAACGUCCUCGCACAAUAACCAAAAACUACCGACUUGUGAGUUUAAGGUCUACAACCCCAGAAGAGCUCUAUCAGCGAAAGAUUGAUAAUGAAGAAUAUGGUGAGGCUUUGUCAUUAGCUCAAUCAUAUGGUCUUGACACUGACCUUGUCUAUCAACGGCAGUGGAGGAAGUCAGCCGUUAACAUUGCCACCAUCCAAGAUUAUCUGAGCAAAAUUAAGAAGAGAUCCUGGGUACUGCAUGAAUGUUUAGAAAGGGUUCCAGAAAAUGUAGACGCUGCAAAGGAAUUGCUAAUGUUUGGCUUAAAGGGCACUGACCUGGAGGCUCUGACAGCCAUUGGCAAUGGAGAAGAUGGCGGAAGAUUCAUCUUGCCUGGAGACGUUGACCUGGACGAUGUCCCCUAUGAAGAAUUUUUGUCACCAGAUGAAGAAGCAGAAAGCAGGAGAGAAAAGGAGAAGGAAAAGAGAGAGCAGCUGCUUCAGCUGGUGAAUUUUAAGAAUUUAACCCUGGAGCAAAAGGAAUUAUGCCGCUGCAGACUCAAGUUGUUAACCUAUUUGGAUCGUCUGUCAACCUACGAGGAAAUCCUGGGGGGAGCGCAUGCAGCUGAAGAGAGAUACGACGCCGAGUUCUUCAAGAAGUUUAGGAGCCAAAAUAUCGUGCUGUCAGCAAGAACAUAUGCUCGGGAAAGUAAUGUGCAAGCCUUGGAAAUUCUGUUUACUUACCAUGGGUCUGACCUGCUACCUCAUACCUUGGCCAUUCUAUCCAAUUUUCCUGAGACUACCUCACCCCAUGAAUAUGACACCCUGCUUCCUGCUUGCUUUGAUGAAGGGGAGCUGAAGAUUGUCCCCUGGAACGAGCGAGAGCAUCGCGAAAAAGACUGGUGUGAGGCACCUGAGUGCAAGACGAUGAUCGAGCCUUGCCCAGCAGACCCAGCCGUAUUUCUCUACGAGGAACAGCCUGAGCUGCUUGCCUACAAAACCCAUCAGCUGCCCAUUGAUAUUGUGAAAAACUGGUACUGGAACAGAGCUCAGGAAGUGGAGAAUUAUGCACGACUGGUGGAUAACGCUCUCUCCCUCGUGCGCCUCGGGAAGGAAAGGAAUAUUCCCGGCCUACAUUUGCUAUCUGAUCACUUGGUAACGCUGGAGACUCUUGUCUAUGAGGCUGGCUGUGACCCAUCCUUGACGCUAAAGGAUCUGCAGCAAAUUAAGGACAUUGACAAGCUGAGGUUGCUAAUGGCAAAUUCUUCUGAGGAACACUAUGUGAAGAAUGCCUACCAGUGGAUGGUACCCUUCCUCCAUCGGUGUGAGGCCCAGAAACCAGGCCUGGCCAAUGAGCUUUUGAGGGACUACCUUGUGACUUUGGCAAAGGAUGACCUAAAACUCCCACUGAAGGUGUUUCAACACUCCAAGCCAGAUUGCCAACAGAAGCUCAUUUCUGACCAGGACCAGCUGAUGGUUAUAGCCCUGGAGUCAAUCUAUGUCUGUGAGAGAGAUGAUCAGCUUGCCUUCUGUUACGACAUUCUGGAGUGUCUUCCUCAGAGGGGAUAUGGCUGCGAGAGCGACGUGACUAAAUCUCUGCACGACAAGGUAGAUCAGUUGGAACAAAUCCUCAGUGUUUCCGAGAUAUUGGAGAAGCACGGUCUGCAGAAGCCCAUAUCAUUUGUGAAAGACACCCAGACGAGCACCGAGGAAGCCCGCAAGCUGAUUGUCCGACUCACGAGGCACACGGGGCGCAAACAACCUCCAGUCAGUGAGAGCCAUUGGAAGGGUUUGCUCCAAGAUCUCCUAGAAAUGCAGCAAAAUGUGUACAAGUGUUUGGAUGCAGAUACUUGCUAUGAGAUAUUUGCGGAAAGUUUGCUGUGCUCGGGUCGGUUGGAAAAUAUUCACUUGGCCGGGCAAAUGAUGCACUGCAACUCCUCGUCCAUAGAUCUUCCGAUGAGCAUCACUUCAAAGGGCAAAGCCCAGUACAAGGUCAGCUUUGAGAAAAGCGUUGAGCUGGUAUUGGCUGCAAGCAGAGAAUACUUCAAUUCAUCAGCUACGCUAACGGAUAACUGUAUGGACUUGGCCAGGAGCUGUUUGCAGUUGAUUUCCGACUGCCCGAAUACCAUUCAAGAGGAACUUGAUUUGAUACGCUCUCUGGGGUACUUAGAAGAAUUUGGAGUAAAGAUUUUGCCAUUGCAAGUGCGUUUGUGUUCCAAUCGCUUGAGUCUCAUCAAGAAGUGUAUUUCUCAGUGUCCAACCAGCUAUAAGCAGUCUGCGAAACUCCUGACUCUCUCCAAUCUGCUGAGACUUGCAGGCUGCGAUGAGACGGACAGGAAAGGUCAAGUGCUGACACUUUUAGCCCAACAGGCACUUUAUUGUCAGGACUACAAAGCUGCCAGUGGACACUGCCAAGAACUUAUGACUGCAGGCUACAGUAAGUGCUGGGAGGUAUGUAGCAAACUGGGACAGUCUGAGAACUAUGAUGACCUUGGAACACGUCAAGAGCUUAUGGCUUAUGCCCUGACCCACUGUCCCCCUGGCUCUAUACAGACUCUCCUCGCCGCCAGCAGCUCCUUACAGACCCAGAUUCUCUAUCAAGCAGUCAGUUACCAGAUCCAGCCAGGAGAAGUUGAUGAACGGGAGAAUUCCCAUCACGCUGGACCUCCUGCUUUGUCCAGCAAAGAUACCUGUCAGGCUGAUACUAAGGCUCCGUCAGUGCAGUCUGCAGAUUUAUUGCAACGAACCACAGCUACGACCAUGAAAGUGCUGACUAACACAACCAUGACCACUAAGGCUGUGCUGCAUGCUGUGAGCGAUGGACAAUGGUGGAAAAAGUCACUAACCUACCUCCGACCCUUGCAAGCUCAGGAAUCGGGUGAUGAAGUUAUUAGGAGCGCCACCGAAGCUAAUGUAAGAGUGGGAAAACAAGGCUGCCAUCCUUUUUAUGAGUCUUUAAUCAUCAAUCCAUUUAUUGCUGAACAGAGUGAAGCGACGUAUUCCACAUACCAGCAAAGUCCCCGGGAAAGCUUUGCUGAGGUGCUUCUGAGGACGGGCAAAUUGGCAGAAACAAAGAGUGAAGGAGAAAGCUUGUUCCCAGCAACUGAAGUCCUGUUGCAGUUGGCAAGUGACACGUUGCCAAACGAUAUCACCAUGUCGGUGGCGUACUUGUUGGCAUUACCGCAGGUGGUUGAUGCCAACAAGUGCUUUGAAAAGCAAUCGCAUUCAGCUUUAUCUCUCCAGCUGGCGGCUUAUUACUAUAGCCUGCAGAUCUAUUCUCAUUUGGCUCCAUGCUUCAAGGACAAGUGCCAUCCUCUCUACGGGGCUGAUCCCAAUGAGAUCAUCAAGAUGGUUACGGUGUAUGUUGCGGAAUACGCCAACGCUAAUUGGCCUAUGGAAUUGGUCACCUUGAUUGAACAGUUGCAUUAUUAUAACGAACGAUUAAUUGACUUCACCCAAGCCCAAAUUCUUCAAGGACUUGGCAGAGGAGUGGACGUUCAGAGGUUUGCCAGUGACAGGCAAUAUAAAAGGGAAACCAUUCUUGGCCUUACGGAGACGCUGGAUGAAAAUGUGUACAAGAUUUCUCUCUCUCUGGCACAAAGAUACCAAGUUCCACUGUGGGAAGUUUAUAUGACGCACUUGGAAUACUUAUUUUCUGACAGCGGGUUAUCCACAACAGAAAUAGAAAGGAGGGCCCAACAUCUUGGCAUCUUGGCCACCUUAAAAACCAACCCAGAGUCCUUUUACGAACACAUGACUAAAUAUGUUUAUCCCACCAUUGAAGGCAAAGACCUCCAGCGGUUGCUGUAUUAUUUUACACUUCUCGAGAACUGUGGCUCGUCUCAAUAUGUGAAGCAUAUCAUUAAGCCAGACUCCCACAUAAAGCUCCUGAAGAAACUGAAAGCAGUGGCAUCAGGUCUUGAUUACAAAAAGUUGACAGAUGCCAACUUCAGUGCCCUGGAGUCCCUAGAAUCUGUACUCACCAGUCAGAAUGUUCUGGCUGUUUCCAAACUGGCAUCAAGGAUCCCGGAUGUGAAUGGAGAGAUGCUGACUUCUAGUGCUGUCCAUUUGGCUUGGCUGAAGAAAGUCUUCUGGAAUGGAGAUCCUCAGGUCCUCAAAAAAGCUCCUGAGUCAGGAACAGAAUGGUCCCAUGCAUACGAUACCUGCCGAAAGUACCUUGAGAGGCUUAAUCCCAGUGACAUCAUUGCAUUCACUGAUGAAAUUUCAUUCUCUCCUCAAGCUGUUACUAAGUUGACAGUGGAAACAAGAACUGAGAUGACUAAGAAAACGAUCGCAGCAGUCAAGCAAUUUAUGGAAAAGCAAAGAAAAAAGAACCCUGGAGACAGCACCCAGAUUUGUAACUCCUAUGUCACAUAUGAGGUCGCCUUCAAUCAUCUACAACAAUCUCUUGUGCAUCUAGAAACACUCAAUCACGAUUUCAUCAAGCACUUGAGGAGCACAGACCAGGACCGUUUGCAGAAAUAUUCCUAUUUAUAUGAUGUGUCAAGGUCAGAUGAAGAGAAGAUAAAGGAGCUGGCAAUAACAAUGUGCAUAAAUGGAGAAUCACUUGUCACCAUCCAGAAGCUGCUUGAAGUUGCCGUAGGACCAUUGGGAAUCAGUGCGAGGGAUAUUGUACACUAUUCCACCGAGAAAAUAAUUCUCUCAUUGAGAGGGAAUGAAUCUGUGAAAGACCCUUUGAAAGUGUUGGAGAGUAUUGUAAAAGAGGUUCAUCUGAGUAUCGAGAGAGGCGAGCAGUUGGUUUCCUCUGAUGACCUUUUGGAGUGGCUUAGACCUUUCUGUGGAGAUGACUCCUUGCCCGUAAAACCCAGAAUUGAUGUCCUGCAGAUUAUGGAGCAGACAUUUAAUCUAAGCGAUGAAGACAUCAAGUUGUUGGUGUUUUUCCGAACCCAAGCAGUUCUGAAAGCAUCAUGGCCUGAUAAAAAGGUAGAUGUGGAUGACAUUGAAAAUGAAGAGAAAAGACACUCUCUUUUUAUGGAGUUGUUGGAUCUAAGUCACGAUGCUACAGAGUUCCAGCAUUUGGUUUUACUUUUACAAGCCUGGCCUCCCAUGAAAGGUGCAGCGGUCGUGUCCUCUGAAGGAAACCCAUGGGUAAAACUGGUGAAUGCGAUGCUCUCCAGCUGUGAUGCAGAGCACAAAGAGGAAACAUCCAACGAAAUCCUCAAAAUAUGUCGUUCUCUAUACAACUCUAGGCAUAUGCUGUCUGUAGAGUGCAUAAAGGGGAUAUGUACACUGUUGCUAGACCACACAAUGCUGCUGUCGCCACUGAAACUUCUACUGGAGAGCCAUGAUAAAGAUCUCCAUUUUAAGGCACUGGGGCUCCUAACUGCAGCCAAGAAGGUCAGUGAGUUGAACUGUGACGCAGAAAUCCUUUCUUUGCUUCUGGACGCUAAGCUGGUUGUGAAAUGUGUCAGCACUGUCUUUUACUCACAUGUGAUUAACCAUUUGUUGUCCAAGCAAGAAGACACUCGGUGGGAUGCGGAAGAGAUCGCAAAGGAGCUUUAUGACUGCGGAUUUCAUGCAGAGGCGGGAUCCCUACUGAUGACCUACAGAGGCACACAUCCGGCUCUAAAAACCUUCACCUCUGCUCUUACCAGUAUUAAACGCUGGUUUUAAAAACUUUGAAAGAACAUGAUUUCAAAAGGUGCCUACAGGUCUAUAUAAGUGCUACUAACCUCCCAUCACUUUGCAUUAAGGAAACCUUCAAUAUAAUGAAUAUUGUAUAGAGCAGGUAUUUGGAUUCAAAUGGGCAAUGAAAGUUCUUUAAGUUUCACAAGUGGACCUCUUAAUCAGAAUGCCAACUGUCAUCAUCAUGAAACACGUUGGUGACACAUGCUUUAGAUAAGUCUGCAUGCGAAGUUUAUUGACAUUUAUUAUUUACACAAAGGUGUGUUUGCCUUCCAACAUGCUCAAGUUGGACAGUUGGUAAAGCCGUCUUUUAGUCAGGGAUGUCCAGUUUGGCCUGAGGUCCUGACUGUUCCCUGGUCUGGGCAAAAAGUCUAAAAUCCUAACUGGUAAACGCCCAUUCAUACUUUCUUAAAUCUUCUGGGCCAUAACAUCCUAACAAUCCUAAGAAAACAUGUUAUCUAGAUAAGUGGGUAAUUAGUGCUGGCAACGUGGCGGCCAUGUUUUAAAGAACUCUUGUUUGAUCAGAUUCAGGUCAGUAGUAAUUUACUUAUUUGUGGCGUCACAGGAAAUCUCUGAACUCUGUCCUAUAUGUGUGGACUCUGAUGUCUAGAGACGAGACCCCCUAAUCUAGAGGUUAUUUCUAUUGCUUAUUAUUGCUUAUUUAAUUGUUGUAACAUCUGACACAAGCCCUUAUAACUUAUCGUGUGCUGCUGCCAUUUUAAUUCUAUGUAAGGGAUAACUGGUAGGAAAAUCUUGUGUAUGUUUUCAUAAAACUCAAAAUCCACAUUAAUAUCUUUAUUCCAAUUCAAUAAAAUUAAUCUGCCUGAUAAA